AUGGGAAAACACUCUAGUUCCUCUUCCUCCUCUAUCAGCAGUAGCAGCCACCACCAGCACCACCUUCUCAUUUCAACGGCAUCCUCUCUCACCCAAGAACUUCCCACUGAUCUUAGCCUUGGACUCAGCAUUUCUGCCUCUCAUCGUGUUGGCUCUUCUAUUUCAAGGGGGCAUUGGCAACAACCAUACCACCCUCUGGUGAACACUUCACAAGCUGCUGAAGUGAAUGAUUGCAACGAUCAUAGCAGCUUCUUUGUAAAGGUCUACAUGGAAGGCAUUCCAAUAGGAAGGAAACUCAAUAUACUUGCUCAUGGAGGCUACUAUGAGUUAGUGAAGACUCUUGAACACAUGUUCGAUACCACCAUUCUUUGGGGAACAGAGAUGAAUGGAGUACAACCUGAGAGACGCCAUGUGCUAACAUACGAAGAUGAGGAAGGGGAUUUGGUCAUGGUUGGAGAUGUUCCUUGGGAGAUGUUCUUAUCCACUGUAAAGAGAUUGAAGAUCACAAGGGUAGACACAUUCGGGUGUUGA